AUGUUCUCUGGCUACAACACCAAGAAGCGGGUGAACGAGCGAUAUAAGAUCGUCGGCUUCAUUAGCAGCGGUACCUAUGGCCGAGUGUACAAGGCUGAAGGCAGGAAUGGACGCGUCGGGGAGUUCGCAAUCAAGAAGUUCAAGCCGGACAAGGAAGGCGAGGUUCAGUACACCGGCAUCUCACAAUCAGCCAUACGAGAGAUGGCUCUCUGCACAGAGCUCUCACAUCCCAAUGUUGUACACACUGUCGAGAUCAUUCUCGAAGAGAAAUGUAUUUUCAUUGUAUUUGAGUAUGCGGAACACGACUUGCUGCAGAUCAUCCACCAUCACAACCAGCCUCAGCGAAAGGCCAUCCCUGCGCGAACGAUUAAGUCUAUUCUUUAUCAGCUUCUUCAGGGACUCGUCUAUCUCCAUAGGAACUGGGUCAUGCACAGAGAUCUCAAGCCCGCCAACAUCAUGGUCACUAGUGCUGGGAAAGUGAAAAUUGGAGACCUUGGUCUUGCGCGACUGUUUUACAAGCCGCUUCAUUCAUUGUUCACCGGAGACAAGGUUGUCGUAACUAUCUGGUAUCGGGCCCCCGAAUUGCUCCUUGGCAGCCGUCACUAUACUCCAGCGGUCGACUUGUGGGCUGUUGGGUGUAUCUUCGCUGAGUUACUAUCUUUACGGCCAAUCUUCAAGGGAGAGGAAGCCAAGAUGGAUAGCAAAAAGACUGUUCCUUUUCAGAGGAAUCAGAUGCAGAAGAUUGUGGAGAUCAUGGGGAUGCCAAACAAGGAGAAAUGGUCAUUAUUAACUUCCAUGCCGGAAUAUAGCCAGUUGUCCUCAUUGGCUGCUAGUAGCUCACGAUUCCAUCGUCCACAAGGCUUGGAGAAUUGGUAUCAGGCUUGUCUGAAGAACAACCAAUAUCCUCCGGGUUCGUCACCCGACACCCCUGGUCAGGAAGGAUUCGUUCUUCUCCAACAACUCCUCGAGUAUGAUCCCCAGAAGCGAUUGACCGCCGAAAAAGCACUUCAGCACCCGUACUUUACGACGCAUGGGAAGCCGUCGGAGAACUGCUUUGAGGACUCUAAAAUAAAGUACCCAGUGAGAAGGGUAAGCCAGGAGGACAACGAUAUCCGGACUUCAAGCCUACCCGGUACAAAGAGGAGUGGUCUUCCGGAUGAUUCACUCAUUGGCAGACCAGCAAAGAGGCUGAAAGAGGGUUGA